AUGAGCCUGACUACGGGAGGCUACAAUGAUUGGAAAAAUUUGUCCCAGUGUCUGGCUACACAUGAAGUGUCUCCAUCUCACCUCACUGCUAUGGGAAACUGGACAGAACUGUUAACAAGGCUUGGGUCUGGAAGUACUAUUGACCAUUCAUACCAAAGAUUAUUGGCAACUGAAACGCAGCACUGGCAGAAUGUUCUUCAGCGGCUUGUAGCCAUUGUUCAAUAUCUUGGGAAGCAGUGCUUGGCCUUCAGGGGCAGCAGUGACACGCUGUACUCUGAAAAUAAUGGAAAUUACUUGAAACUUGUCGAAAUGAUGGCAACAUUUGAUAGUGUGAUGCAAAGCCACUUGAAAAAGAUACAGAAUUCAGAAAUUCAUCAGCAUUAUUUAGGAAAAGACAUCCAAAAUGAACUAAUUGGUUUAAUUUCAAAAGAAAUACGGAGACGCAUUCUACGGUUGCUUAAGGAUGCCAAGUACUAUUCCAUUAUACUUGACUGCACCCCUGACAUCACUCUUGUUGAACAGAUGACUAUGGUUUUCAGGUUUGUAUCUGUUAAGCAAGGAGACUCGCCAACUGCAAAUCCUGAAAUACACAUUGAGGAAAGAUUUCUUGGUUUCCUGCCAGUUCACAACUCAUCUGGAGAAGGAUUAACAGAGGCAAUUUUGAAUGAGCUUGAAAUGCUGAAGAUACCACUCAGUGAUAUGAGAGGUCAAGGGUAUGAUAAUGGCUCCAACAGGAAGGGAAAGCACUCAGGAGUACAAAAAAGAAUCAUGGACCUGAACUCAUGUGCUUUCUAUGUCCCCUGCAGUGCUCAUUCCUUAAAUCUUGUAGCUGCUAUGUGCUGUAGGGAUGCCAGUACAUUUUUUGGCAUUGUUCAGAAAAUAUAUAUUUUUUUUUUUAUCAGUUUCAACAAAUCGAUGGGAUGUUCUAAAAAAGCAUGUGAGUAAGCUGACAGUUAAGCCGCUAUCCGAUACUAGAUGGUCAAAAUUGAUGCUAUCUGGCCAUUUAGGUUCCAUGUUGGAGAAGUGUAUGACACCUUAAUUGAAAUCGGAGGUGAUAUGAAUUUUGCUGCUCUUGCAAGAAUCGAGGCUUCAUCCUUGGCAAAAGAGUUAAACAAGUUUAAAUUAUUGUGUUUAAUCAUCCUUUGGUUUAACAUACUAAGUCGAAUUAAUUCUGUCAGCAAAGUUCUUCAAAGCCAGUCAAUUUACUUACCCGAUGUUGUGGAACUUUUGGAAUCAAUCAAGACAAUUUUUCAAUCUUAUCGGACAGAUGAUGGUUUUGAGGAUUUACUUAAAGAAGCAGGACAGCUAGCAGUGGAAAUGGAAAUAGACCCAGUGUUCCCCCCUCAAGUACAUCAGACGAGGAAAAAAAAAAAGGUUGUUUUUGUAUGAGGUUCCAGAUGACCCUAUCUUAGAACCUAAAAAUAAAUUUAAAGUGGAAUGGUUCUUCACAAUAUUAGAGACAACAAUAAAAUCUGUACAUGAAAGAUAUGAACAGCUUAAAUUUCAUUCCACGCAUUUUCAAUUUUUGUAUGACAUCCACAAGCUAAAAGAUGUGCAAAAAGAAGAACUCCUGCAGUUCUGCAUGGAAUUGCAGAAUGUCUUAACCAAUGUAAAAUCAAAGGAGUCUGAUGUAGAUGGAAGGCAACUGUGUGAAGAACUUGCUGUAUUGGCUCCUGUUAUAAAAGCUACGAUGACACCUGUUGAUAUUUUGGCCUACACAGUGAGGAAUGGAUUUGCUCCAAAUGUGGCAAUUGCACUUCGAAUUAUGUUGACCUUACCAAUCACUGUUGCCACAGGUGAACGAAGCUUUUCGAAACUGAAAAUUAUAAAAAAUUAUCUUCUUUCUUCAAUGUCCCAAGAACGGCUUGUGGGACUUGCCAUGAUAGCAAUAGAGAAUCGGACGGCAGAGGAGAUUGACUUUGAAACAUUACUGAAGGACUUUGCAAGUGCCAAAGCAAGAAAAGUUAAAUUUAAUUAG